CUCAGAAGAUUUGAAGGAAAUUACUUCCUCCUUCAAGCUACUUCCGAUGGAUAAAAGAUUCUCGAAUAAAGUGAUGAGCAAGAAUCUUAUCGAGCGAGAACUUGAUAUAAGUCAUAAUGAGGACAAUAAACUCCAGAAUUACUGCAAGGUAGUCCAGAAGGUUACCUCAAGUAACCAAAUGAAAGGGAUUGCGAAAAUUUUUCUGCGGUCGUCCCAUAAACCAUCGAAGGAAAAUUCUAAGUAUCUAUUGAGUCAGAGCGUGAUAAAGAGUCGCAAUGAACUUCUCAGUCAAAUCAAGAAGUCCAGAACAAAUUUGAACAAGGAAUACAGUAGUUUCACCAAGCUGUCAGAACAGAACUAUGGCUUUAAAAAGCUUAGAACCAUGAAGAAGAAAGAAUUGUUUGCAAAACAAGAGCACAAUAAACUCACAAGGUCUUACAAUAAGUUGCUCAAGAAGCAGAUCCAGGUUAGUAAUUACAAACGGUACAAGGACUUCGUCAGCAAAAAAGGAGAAAAUCUGGAUAUUGUCAGCCGAUAUAGCUCAGAUGAUGACAGCCCUAAUAUCGAUAAUGUUCGCAGAAGCCCAAGGAAUACAAAAAAACCUUCUAUAAAAGGUACCAAGAGUAAGAGAAGAAGCAGUAUCCUCCCAAUUAUCCAGCUAGGUAACUUUGGGGUCAGAAGGAGGUCGUCUGCUGCCCAAGAAACUCCCAAUACUGUAAUGAGAUUUAUGUAACACUUAAUUCUAAAUAAUUAAUUCUA